AUGGAUCUUCAGGCUAAGAGUGCUGAAAUCCAGCAGCUCAAGGCAGAAAAUGAGAAGAUCAAGGCAGAAAAUGAGAAGAUCAAGGCAGAAAAUGAGAAUAUAACAGUAGAAAAUGAGAAGAUCAAGGCUGAAAAUGAGAAUAUAACAGCAGAAAAUGAGAAGAUCAAGGCAGAAAAUGAGAAGAUCAAGGCUGAAAAUGAGAAUAUAACAGCAGAAAAUGAGAUGAUCAAGGCUGAAAACCAUCAGCUGAAGGGAACCUACCUGAAUGCUACUGCAGACCCCAGAACAUUCACUUCAGACCCAAUGCACAACACAUCAAGUUGGACUAGUGGUUACCUGAGUUACCACAGACAAAAGAGACAGAGUGAACCCUGCCAGACAGGGUGGCUCCACUUCCAGUCCAGGUGCUAUACGGUCGGAGGCCGUGACUCUUCUGAUCAGAGGAGCUGGGGAGGAGCUCGAGAUGACUGCUGGGGGAGGGAUGCAGACUUGGUUCUUAUAGAAAGCUCUGAGGAGCAGGACUUCAUCUUCAACAGCAGCCUGGUUGGAUCAGGAGCCGGUGACCGCUGGAUCGGCCUCACAUUUGAAGGUGGAGCCUGGAAGUGGCUGAACGGGAGUGAUCUGACUGAGAACUACUGGACACAACCCCCGGCAGACGGACACCGCUGUGUGGUUUCUGAUGGCCAGAGCGGAGGAUGGAAAGCUGUCAGCUGUGACGAAAAAAAUGAGUGGAUCUGCGAGAAGAACGCACUGCCUGGUUAAAAACUGAUUCUAGUGGCUGAUCGAUUCCUUGUAAGAUAACAGAAACAGGCUUUCAAAUAUUGAGUUUAAAGGUCCCAUAUUAUACAUUUUUUGAACAACUUCAUACAGGUGUCAGAGGUCCAACAUCACUGUUUUCAGAGUGUAAUUCCCCCAAAUUCAGCCUUGGUCCUAAACUUCAAACAGUCAAAGAUUUGCUCUAGUGAGCUCCACCGAGAACAGGCUGCUUCUGUGUCUGUACCUUUAAAUGUUAAUGAGGUGCGUCUGGCCACGCCUACUCCACGCCCUUCUCGGGGAGAGGAUACCAUGCCCUAGCACUAUGAACUAGAAUGUGACUCAGAAGAAGAGGUUCCUGAAGAAGAUCGGUUUCUGCAGCAGGACGUUUCUGAAUGGUUAAUUAAAAAUAUUCGUGUGUUGUGACAGCUACUACCAUCUAGCUAACGCUAGCUUCCUUUAACUGUAAGGGUAAUUGUUGUGGUAAGAACGAACCAUACAUUUUCUUAGUUUUUAAAUUCACACAUGCAAAAUAUUUGGGAAGUUUUGUUGAUACAUUUCCAGCAAAAGUAAAAUGGACCCACUGGGUCUUCAGAGUAAAAAUAGACUUCUGUGCUGGUCAGUGCAGCCAGCAACAGAGCAAUGGCCGCGCUUUACUCGUACCGUUGCUACAUGUGUUUGCGAGGAGAAAAAAUGGCGCUCUCUUGGUAAUUUUAAAGGGCGGGCUCAUCUAUCCAGUGGGCGGGUCAGUGGUGGAGGGAGUGGUUAUUGCCCUUAGAGUUUUUCACUUCCGGAAGUUAAUACACAUUUCUCAGUGCGUUUACAUGCAGAGCUUAAUCGAGCUAUGAUCGAAAUUUGACUUUCUGAAUACAGUCCUUGUCCCAGUUUACAUGCAGCAGAAAAAACUGAAUAACUGUUCUCUUCUAUAUGUCUUUCCAGCGGGUUAAUACCACGUUAAUACGGCUUGCUUUCCGGUUGACCUAUUACGUGAUAUAAUAAACAAGAGUUGUUCAUGUGCCAGACCAGCGUUUCAAACAACAACCAGACGGAUUAUGCUAAUUUUUUAUCUCCUAUAUAAUGUUUGCGGUACUUAUGGUGCAGAUAAGAUGGAGUUAUCCCUCAGACGGUUCUUCUACUGGCUCUGUUUAUCUUCUUCUUCUUCUGUGAUCGAUUUUCUUGGAUGUUUUUGUCCUUGGUCACACGCCAGCGCAGCGGUUGUGGAGCAUGUGCACACGUAUUAUCCGAUUGAAAAGUGCAAUUCACUGUAUACAUGGCGGAGAAAAUCCUCUUUUUUUUCACAUGCAUGUAAAUGCACUGUUAGAAAAGCUUUAUGAAGUGAAUUUUGUAUAAUAUGGGACCUUUAAAUACAAACAUAUAUGUGAAUGGUCUGUAAUACAAUUUAAAAUGCUACCGUCGCUUGUAACACCUCCCUUUAACACUUUCAUACGUGACUGAUAUUUUCAUUAGGCUGUGGAUGUUCUAUGUGCUGUAGAACUGUCUCUUGUGUUUCCUGGGCUUGUUCAAAUAAAUAUCCACUGCUCGUUGUCA